AUGGACAAUCUACAAUCAUCGUCAAUCAAGUUUUUUGUUUUGGCUGAUAGUCAUGCGAAAUUUAUUCCAGCGACUUAUACAACAUCCUCGUUUAGUUUGAUUACAAAAUCAAUUCCUGGUUUAAAAUGGUUUGAUCGUUAUGAUGACAAACUUUCUGUACGUGCAAUGUUAUCCUUGCCAGAAAUUAAAUGCACAUUAUCUGAAGCAAGUGCGAUCUUAUUCUUUGUUGGCACCAAUUCUGUAAGAGUGUUCCCAGCAAGAGAAAUUAUUCCCCAAAUCCAACAAGUCGUUCUCUUUAUCCAACAAACUUAUCCUCAUCUUAGUCAACAUGGAAAAAUUUCAAUUUCUUUAUCCUUUCCAUGUUCAAAAACUACUGCUCGAUUUCCAACCGAACAAUCAUUAUUAUCCAAUAUUAAUAUUUAUAAUGAACAAUUACAAUCAUUAUCCGCUGUAAUGAAUUUUAAUAUCCUUAAUUUUCACAUUACAAACAACCAUCUGGCACAGGAUAAUAUGCAUAUACAUUUUCGUUUUCGUGAUCUUAUCAUCAACUCCAUUAUUAAUUAUUUCGAUCAAGUUAAUCAAACUAUAUCAGCAACAAUUAUAACACCAACCUCAACAUCAGCAACAGAUCCAACCUCAUCAUUAUCAUUACCAUCGGAUCAAACAAUAAUUAAUAAGAAGUCAAAAAGUCGUGCUGUUUUAGAUCGGAAGAAUAAAAAACGUUUUGAGCAACUGAAGCUGAAAAGACAACAACAUACAAUCAAAAGAAAAAUACAUCAUCAAUGGACUGCUGCACUUAUUAAAGAAUACUUAGAUUCGAUUCACGUGAAAUAUUCUCGGAUUCCACCUGUUUACAACAAAAUUCUUCGAAUUAUGUUCAACAAUCAACAUGAUCAAGAUAUUGCUGCUGAACAGAUUGGAAUCGAUAUAUUUAAUGAGAAUCAUUAUCAAGAAUUUGUUAAUAAGAAUCGUUAG